GGAGGGAGUUCGCGUGGUGGGGCAUAUAUGGAUCCAUGGAAGGGUGGAAACUAUCGAAACCAACUAACUACAUAAUUAGGUACUGAACAUUAGGAGUAGAGAUAGAUCUGAGUCGCGCCACCGCACCUUUCUGCCUCGACGCCGGUGACUCUCACGUACUGGCGGCGCCGUGACGCUGGAAAGUUUAGCGAACUCCACACAUCCAAACAGACGUUGAUCCAUCGACCCGAACCAAGAAUCAACACCGAGAGCUCGGCGAGAUGAUGUCACUGAAGCCCUCUGCAUCCGCCGCCGCCGAAGGCUGCAGGAUUGCCUCAACCCCUCGCUCCGCGCUGACGGCGAGGUCAACACCAUUGCAAGUAAUUAAUAUUUUGGGAAACUUCGUUAGAAUUUGGUCUGUGUAUUCGUUGUAUAGCCACUUGUCCAGUACUGGGGAUUCAAUAGUUGGCUUUAUCUUCAGUUGCCUUGUACCAGCUUCUGUCAUCUUCUUAAUCUUACAGAAGCCUUGGAAAGGUCGGCCUUUGCCCAACUCACAGAUUGUUCCUACAGUUGUCAAUGGCGGAGUUCUGGCAUUAUACUUCGUGUUGUGGGCUAAAGGACUCCUUGCUUGCAGACCACUAGUUGCUCUGCUGGCAGAGUACGCAGGUGCACUUCUUGGAGUUCUCUCUGCUGCUUUAUAUGGAAGGAAGGUUAAUAUAUGGAAAAAGAGUUCUCCUACAAUAACUCCAAGCAUAGAUAUGUUAAGCUUCAUCCGCUACCCAAUGCAACCAAAAGUCCGGACUGAUGGAAAGGGCCAGGCAAUCCACAUAUACACUUACAAGAUCCACAGGAAGGAGUCAUUUUUUCAUUGUCUACACGAAAGUUCCAACAAUGUGGUGGACCUGGUGAAGAUUGGAGGGCUCGCUGCUAUGCUGCUAGCAUACUAUCUGUUAUCAAAUGGUUGGGCUACAAGAACAAAUUCACCGCUAUAUAGCUUUGGAAGUGAACCACUGGAGAAGGCUACAGAAACUACCGGGAUGAAGGAAAUGGUUCUGCCAAUUACUGCUGGAAUUUUAUCAGCUUUGAGGAGAGUAUUGGCUCGGCGAGUCUCUCUCAAGAAUCAACUCAAAAGGCGACUUCAUGCGAUAACUGUUGCUUCUGCUACAUGUUUUCUUUUUCCAUUUGCAAUGUGGGAUACAAUUCUAGGUUCAACAUCUGACAGCAUAGUUAAAAUGCAACUUCCAAGCUGGGCAUAUUUGAGUACUGUUUUGUUCGGAAUGGUGCUUAUAUUCUAUGUUGAUAAUGUUGCUGAGGAAAGCAGCUUGCAUCUGGUCUUUUCUUCUCCAAGGCACUUAGUGGUUUCAACAGGUUGCAUCAUUAUUUUGGAGAUAUUAUACAAAAUGGAUUUCUCCCUUCCUGGUUUGCUGCUUUGUUCCGUGAUUUUGGGAUUUGGUAUUUUGGAAGCAACCUCCUUGGACCGAUCAAAAAAAAGGCCAUUGGAGGCACAUGAACCGUCAAAUGGAUCACUUCACAAUCAGUUGCGGAUUUCAGAACUUCCAAUGUAGAAUGAGGCUUGUAUAUAUUAAUUUCGGGCGUAAUUAGACAAGUCUUGAACGUUAUAGAGAACUGCCUUUAUUUGCAUGUGUUGCAAAUGUAUGCUUAUCUAGUCAUUUGGCCUGGGACGCGAGGGGUUGUCAUAUGUUGAUUUCGAUCAGGGGAAAAUAGUUAGAGAAGUUUUGACUUAUAACAGUCUAACCGAGGCAAUGUUUUCCUAA